AUGUCAGUAACCAUCAAGAAGGAACCCAAUUACGAUUCCAUCAACACCACUACUACUGAUACUUUACUUCAAAUUAAACAAGAAGACAUCAAAGAGGCAAAGAUUGUUAUCAAUCAGUUAGAAGACAUUGCUGAUGAGCUGGCUGAACGUCCAGACAUCGAGAUCAAACAGGAACCCACUUCAAAAGUGGAGAAUAAGCUGCAGAACACUCGCUUGAAUCAAGAUGUCUACCGUUACUGCUGUAAUAUGUGCGAUGAAAAGAUGCUGGAUCUCAGAACCACGAUCGUUCACAUGCUAGAAGUACACAACAUCCAGCAUCGUAGCAGGUACAAGCACAUGGAUUUAGAGCCUGAUGUCGAUGACCCCAACAACUUUUGCGCAACUUGUGAAAAGUCUUUUUCAACAAAAGACUCAUUUGAAUACCAUCUCAAGACGCUGCACUUUAUCGUCAGAGUGAGGCAAGUCUUGGAGCCUGAAGUGGAUGAUCCCAAUUUCUACUGCCGUCAAUGCGACUUUACCUACAUGGAUCAAAAAUUCUACUUUAAGCAUCUCAAGUCAUACCAUGGCAUCAAGGUACGCUCCCUCUCCACCAAAUUCAAUGCCAAUAUACCCAAAAUCAUCAAGCGACAACAAAAGAAGAACAAGAUCUGCUGCAGAGCAUGUGGUGCUGACUUUUCAAGUAAGAAGAACUAUGCUUACCAUACCGCCUUUGUCCACGGCAUCAGCCGCAAGACAAAAGUGGAUGCCAACAUGGUCAUCAUACCUUCUUAUGAAGAGGUGUAUCAGUGUCGCGCCUGCAGUGGCAAUUUCAACAGCAAGCAGCUGUAUUUGGAGCAUUUGCAUUCCACUCACGCAAUGAACAUCAGUGAGGACUCCCAAACACCCAAUGCCAACGACCCCAACUUUUACUGCCGAGUCUGCGACGCUACCUCCCUCUCAUAUGACGGUUUCCAAACCCAUCUACUUGCUGUCCACAAUAUUGGUGCAGCUGCUUCUUCGUCUUCUAUCAAGGUGGAUAAUGACAGUACACCUGAUCCCAAUGAUCCCAACUUUUACUGUCGUAGCUGUCGGCAAAACUUCUUCUUCAAAGACAGCUACAAGAAACACCUGCUCCUCGUCCAUCAGCAAGGUCUCGUUCCUGAUGCCUCCUCUUCUUCCUUGCUUCCUGACCCACACGAUCCCAGCUUUUAUUGCAGUGUAUGCCAAAGAGGCUGGAAAACAUUGCAGCAAUACAGACACCAUUGCAAAGUGACGCACAAGAUGGAGCUAGGCUUCCAACGACAAUCCUUCCACCAUGCUACCAUUGACCCCAACGACCCCAACUCUCACUGUGCCCAGUGCAACCGCACUUAUGCAAAUUACAGACAACAUCUUAGACAUGCACACAAUAUCUCUAUUCCUCCACAAUAA